AUGGAUUCAAAAAAGUCAAAACAAGCACGUGCCUUUAUGGAGGAUCUUGUGGAGUUUAAGGCCUUCGGCCGACUGGCUUAUGCAGAGGAGUUUACCAGUGAAAUAGCUAACAAAAUAAUAGAAGACAACUCCAAGAAAAACACACUCGGCAUAUACUUAUUGAAGGCGUUGUCAGAGGAAAUCAAAAUGACGCGGAAGACUUCUAACCUUCUCGGUAGAAAAGCCCCCAAAACCCGGUUCUCCUACGAAUCCAUCAAGCUGCUUCACUUAUUUUCAACUCACCCUCAGAUACUAUGCAUGGUGACCACCGAGAAGGACAGUUCUCCAAGCUACGAGAUGCUGGUGAUGAGCAGCAGUGAAAAGGUGGAGACUCUGAAGACACUCAUUUUGAACGCCAAAGACAACGGUGAGCGCAUCAAUCUUACUUCCCUAAACAACAGUCUACGAACCUCCGAAGCUGGAUUUGCCCCACUCAGUGAUCAGACUGGCAGCCAACGUGGAUCUGCCAUUCUGGCAUCAGAAGAAAGCCGAGCGCCUGGAAUCUACGACCCAACGUUUGUUUCGCCGCACCAAAAUGAAAUGAGAGAAUCAAGGAUUUCUACACCGACGAUAGCCGAACAAAACAGAAGCCCUUUGGCUCCUGGCAGCUACGAGGUUGGCAAUGAGAUCCCCGAAGUACGAAUUACACACGAGUCAACUCCGCCACCCCACAACACCGCCAGCUCUUCUGCAUCACCGGGUAGCAAGAGGCACGAUUACCCAUUCGAAAGACCUAUCUCGAACAGUGUCCGUCGGUCGAUCAUCGAUGAUACAGGAGGAAGUCCAGUGUUGCGGGAAACUGUUGGCUCGAAGGAAUCUCCGAAAAUUGUUCCAGAACGCAGUGUACGGAAUAAAGAUGCGCCUCAAAUGGCCAAGUAUGAAAUGACAGAAGGCCAGAUGGCCAGAGAGCUGACAACACAAAAAUCAAGCACUCUAGCCGGCAUUAGCUCCAAUUCAACCGAGCAGGAAUUCAUGUAUGACAAGUAUUCUCCUAGAAGCCAAACCAAGGACUCCAAUAACAUGAAGAAGGCUAUGGAGCGUUUUCAAAAAGCUCAGUAUGAUGAUGAUGGGUUGCCGACGGCACGGCAUCGCUUCUAUUCACCUUUAUUGGAUAAAGUUCAAUCUUCUGAUGCCUAUCUACCUGCCAGGUCGUCGGGGUCAAAGCAUAACUUCAUACCAGCCAUGUAUUCUACUUCGGAGGACAACAGAAACACUCUUACCAGACCCCGAGUAUUUGAGCUUGAAGGCGGUACUGAACGCGAACGACCAGUUUCGAAGAAGGAGAAAGAAAAACCCAAGAUUGUAGAUGGAGGCAUAUUUUAUCGCAAGCCAGAGGAAAUCCCGGAAAUGAUUGAAAAAACCUCCUUUGUAAGACAGCAAGCGGCUGUCCCGAAAUCGCCAAUCAUUACACGAGCAGCUUCCAUGAAUAAUCUGAAUGAAGACGAUCAGACUAUUUACGUGUCUAAACUCAGGUCUACUCUUCGAGCGUUUUCAUCCAAAAAACUGGUUGGAGAUUUAGAUCAAAAUUUAUCAAAAAAUAAGGAUUCCAAAGGAGCUCGAAAGUAUUCCUCAGGAAACAAAAAGGAUGAGGAAAAAAAUAGUUUCGUAGUACAGUAUGUACCAGAGAAUUAUGGCCGGGCAAGGUCAAUAGAUCGAGACAAGUCUGUUAACCUAAGUGAAGGUGAUUGGAAUUUCGACUUUCAGCGCAUUUCAAAACUUCCGGAAGGCAGCACACUAUUGGAUCCCAACGGUUCUGUUUAUGUGUUUGUGGCACACAAAGAGAACGACCGUCUGAUAAGAAAAUUGGAGUGCGCCUCCAGCGACGACGAGUCUCAAUUCAAUGCCUAUUCCAGUCGUGGCGGUCGCAGUAGACUGGAGGCUAGUAGGACAUAA